UCCUCGGCUUAGACUCUGGGCCUCCAGAUAAAUAGCUUGUACAGUAUCUGGGCCAGAAUAUGGGUUGCUCCCUCCCAGAAUCCAGAAUUUCUUAUGUAGUACUAAUGCAGGAGGACCAUAUAUCGUCCAAAAGAACAAAGAAAGGAAGUUUGAGCUUGAAUCUGCAUAAAGCAUUCUUGAGAAGUGCUAACUUUAAUGUCCAUAAAAGUGGAGAAUUGCUAACCUGCAAAUUGCAAUGAGAGGAGUAGGAGCAGUUCUUAAUAGACUCUCAAAUGGGCUCUGCUUCAAAUAUCCAACCACUUCCUUUUCGCCCUUAAGAAAUGAUUUUCUUGGUCGCAGUUUAUUAUCAUCAUUAUCAUCUUCAUUUAACAACAGUGAUUCUGUGUGUUCAUUAAUAUAUGAACAAAAACAGAGUCAUUGUCAAGUAAAUCUAAGACAGAUAUGGACUUAUCCUCCUGUCUGUAUGGGCAGGCGUUCUUGCAAAAUUGCCGGUAGAAAGGGUGCUCAAGAUGCUAAGAAGGCAAAACUGUAUUCGAGGAUUGGAAAAGAAGUUGUAUCCGCUGUGAAAAAAGGCGGUCCCAGUCCAAUAUCAAAUACAGUUUUGGCUGCUCUACUUGAGAAAGCCAAAGAGCUUGAUGUACCUAAGGACAUUUUGGAGCGCAAUAUCAAGAGGGCUUCUGAUAAGGGACAAGAAGCUUAUAUUGAGAAAAUUUACGAGGUAUAUGGGUUUGGUGGAGUAAGUAUAGUAGUGGAGGUCUUGACAGAUAAAAUAAACAGAUCUGUGGCGGCUGUUAGAGAAGUAGUAAAGGAUUAUGGAGGAAAGAUGGCCGAUCCAGGAUCUGUUAUGUUCAAGUUUAAACGUGUCCGGGUUGUGAAUAUCAAAGUCACAGAAGCGGACAAAGAUCAGCUUCUUGCCAUUGCUCUGGAUGCUGGUGCUGAGGAUGUCAUUGAACCUCCAAUAUAUGAAGAUGAUGCUGAUGAAGAUAAGUCGGAAAGCUAUUACAAAGUUGUAAGUUCAUCAGAGAACUACAUGGAGAUAUUAUCAAAACUUCGUGAGGAAGGAAUAGAUUUUGAGACUGAUAAUGGUUCGGAGCUACUUCCAAUAACAACUAUUGAGACAUGCACUCACCCACAACACAAACAACUGCCAUUGGAUUACUGGAGGACAAAUAGAAGCUCUCUUCUUGGCAUAUCACUGCCCUUAUACUUUUAUGAAGUGUUCACUAAGUUUGCAGAGUAGAUGAUGAGGCAAUGGACUUGAACAAAGAACUUAUUUCUAAACUACUCGAACUUGAUGAUGUUGAUGCUGUUUACACAGACCAGAAGUGAUCAAAUCCUUAACUUGGUUAACGUCUGAGCUACUUGUACUGAAAAGUUUAGAUGCCGUUAAAGAGGCUAUGGCAUUUGGUUCAGGCACAAAAUAUCAGUUUGAAAUUGUCCAUGUAGUCUCGUGGAGAAAGAACAUAAAUUUUCUUCUACGACAUCCUUUUCUUUUUUCAGGUGCAAAAAGGGGUUGAGAGGUGGAAGUUUUCCCAUCCUAUACUUGACUAGAUGAUCAAAUUUCUUGGGGCAGUGGCACAUAUUUCUGUGAGAAGAUACUUGCAUUCAUUCAAUGGUAAAAUAAGGAUCUAUUUCAUGGUGCUGCCAAUGAACCUUUUAACA